AUGGAACUCUCCAAUCACUUCAUAUCCAUAAAAAAAGCACCAAUUCUCUUCACCACCAAACCCUUAACCAAAACCCUAUCAAAACCCUUUCAUUCCAACUCGCCCAAUUCACACUCACCAAAACUCACUGUUCCAGCUCAUUCACUCCAACUCGAAACCCUAAAAACCCUAGAAUGGAGUUCCCUCUGCAACCAACUCACUCCCUUCACAUCAACCUCAAUGGCCCAAUCGAUCACUCGAAACGCAAAUAUCCCAAUUGGUAAAAGCAAAGAAGAUAGCCAGAAACUUCUAGACCAGACUGCAGCUGCAUUGGCUGUGAUGGAAUCUGGACCGUUGGAUUUUUCAGGGGUUGAGGAUAUAACGCGGAUUUUGGAUUCUGCGGUUUCUGGGACUUUGCUUACGGUUGGGGAAUUAUGUGCUGUGAGACGGACGUUGAGAGCUGCAAGAGCUGUUUUGGAGAGGCUAAAAGAUGCUGGAGACUGCUUGGAAAGGUAUGCCCCACUGCUUGGAAUACUUCAGAAUUGCAGUUUCCAAAUAGAGCUGGAGCAGAAAAUUGGAUUUUGCAUAGACUGCAAUCUUUCAAUAAUCCUUGAUAGAGCUAGUGAAGAUUUGGAGAUCAUUAGGUCUGAAAGGAAGAGAAACAUGGAAAAUCUGAAUAGGCUGUUGAAGGGAAUAUCAACUCGGAUUUUUCAAGCUGGGGGCAUCGACAGACCUCUGGUAACAAAGCGUCGCUCCAGGUUGUGUGUGGGAGUCAGGGCUUCUCACAGAUAUUUGAUUCCAGAUGGUGUGGUUCUAAAUGUUAGUAGUUCUGGUGCAACAUACUUUAUGGAGCCCAGUGAGGCAGUUGAAUUGAAUAACUUGGAAGUCAUGCUUUCAAACUCUGAGAAAGCUGAGGAAAUAGCCAUUUUGAGCUUGCUUACAUCUGAAAUAGCAGAAUCAGCAGGGGACAUAAAACAUUUGUUGGAUGGAAUUCUAGAAGUUGAUCUUGCUUUAGCUAGAGCUGCUUAUGCUCACUGGACGAAUGGGGUCUGUCCAAUGUGGACUUCAGAGGACUGUGGAGGCAUUUCUUCUGGUGGAGGAGGUUAUUUGUUAUCAAUAGAUAUUGAAGGUAUACAGCAUCCAUUGCUCCUCGGGACAUCUAGAAGAAGUCUUUCCAAUAUUCUUGGAUCCAAGUCUUGGAACUCCACAGAAGUGGAUGAGGAAAAUAUCAUAAUGGAUACUGGAAAAUCUUCCAAAAAUGCAUCUGAAUUUCCUGUGCCAAUAAACAUUAAAGUGGAACGUGGAACCAGAGUGGUUGUGAUAUCAGGACCAAACACUGGAGGGAAAACUGCUUCAAUGAAAACUCUAGGUGUGGCAUCUCUCAUGUCAAAGGCUGGGUUAUAUUUGCCUGCUAAGAGCACCCCAAAGCUUCCAUGGUUUGAUUUUGUUCUAGCAGAUAUUGGGGACCACCAGUCUCUGGAACAAAAUCUCUCAACUUUUAGUGGGCACAUAUCGCGGAUUUGUAAGAUCUUGGAAGUGGCUACAAAUGAAUCACUUGUCCUCAUUGAUGAAAUUUGUAGUGGAACUGAUCCUUCUGAAGGAGUGGCUCUUUCAACCGGUAUCUUGCAAUAUCUGAAAGAUCAUGUUAACUUAGCUGUUGUGACAACUCAUUAUGCUGAUUUAAGUCGCCUGAAAGAUAUGGAUAGCCGAUUUGAGAAUGCAGCCAUGGAAUUUUCUCUUGAAACAUUACAACCUACGUAUCAGAUUCUCUGGGGGAGUACUGGUGAUUCAAAUGCACUAAGCAUUGCUAAAUCAAUUGGUUUUGACAGUAAUAUAAUUGAACAUGCACAGAAGUGGGUGGAGAAGUUAGUGCCUGAAAAGCAGCAGGAGCGAAGUGGCAUGCUGUAUCAAUCAUUGUUGGAGGAAAGAAACAGAUUGGAAGCUCAGGCCAGGAGAGCUGCAUCCCUUCAUAGAGAAAUUAUGGAGCUUUACCGUGAGAUUCAAGCUGAAGCUGAAGACCUUGAUGGGCGUGUAAAAGCUCUCAUGGCAAAAGAAACUCAACAGGUCCAACUUGAACUAAAGGCUGCAAACGCGCAGAUAGAAACUGUGGUGCAGAACUUUGAAAAUCAGCUCAGAAAAGCCAGUCCAGAUCAGUUUAAUUCACUGAUUAAGAAGUCAGAAUCUUCAAUUGCAUCUAUUGUUGAAGCUCACUGUUCAAGUGACAGUCUAUCUGCCAGUGAAACAGUUCCGAGCUCAUAUACCCCACAACUUGGGGAGCAAGUUCUUGUAGAGAGACUUGGAAACAAGUUAGCUACCAUAGUUGAAGCACCAGAUGAUGAUGAGACAGUCUUAGUCCAAUAUGGUAAAAUACGAGUUCGAGUGAAGAAAAGUGACGUUAGAGCAAUUAAAAGUGAUAGAAGAAGCAAAGCAACCAUUUUGGUCCCAAGUUUGAAGAGACAGGUAAAGCAGAGUUUACCUGAGCACAAAGAUGAGGAGGUUUCUUAUGGCCCACGAGUGCAGACAUCGAAGAACACCGUGGAUCUACGAGGCAUGCGAGUGGAAGAAGCUGCUCUCCACCUCAACAUGGCCAUAACUACAAGAGAGCCGCUCUCAGUUAUUUUUGUUGUGCAUGGCAUGGGCACUGGAGCUGUUAAGGAUUGCGCACUGGAGGUACUAGGUAAGCAUCCACGUGUUGCCAAAUAUGAACCAGAAAGUCCAGUGAAUUUUGGUUGUACAGUUGCUUAUAUCAAGUGA